AUGGGAGAUCGGUGCAGGGCAGCGAGCAAGCUCAAGUUUGACCGAUAUGGGUUUCUUGAACGUGAAGAAGACGACCAAGACGAGGAAGGAGAUUUCAGAUGCCACGACUACGGGCCAGAGCAAGAAGAUCGAGAGAAGGAGGCGUACUUAAAAUGGCAAGCUGUCCUGAAGGACUGGGACAAUGUGCAGCGCAGUCGCCCAGACAUGGUGUUUCAGCUUCUGCAACAGGGAGUGCCAAACGCGCUUCGUGGCCAGAUUUGGCAAGCGAUGCUUGAAGUGGAGAAAGUGAAGGCGAACGUAGACCUCGACUACAACAGUGAAGUUCAGAGGAUUGCGCGGCUGUGUCAGCAACGCGAACAAAGGCAGACACAACUGGACAAGGAAAACAUUGCAUGGGCAAACGACUACAGUGCCGACGAGGAACGUGGACGACCCCGCCCAACCGACCAGCAACAAGACGAUGAGGCACCGAGCAUCCAAGCGGUGAAGCAGAUUCGCCUUGACCUGGAUCGCACCUUCUACACGCACGUCAUGUUUAUGGAGUGUGAUGGAGAAGGACAGCAGGAGCUUUUCCGUGUCCUCGCAGUCUAUGCCGCGUACAACAAAGAGACGGGGUAUUGCCAGGGCAUGGCGUACGUUGCAGCGGUGCUGCUCAUGCAUAUGAAGGAGGAGGAUGCGUUCUGGUGCUUUCUCUCGCUCAUGGAAUCUGCUCUCCACCUGCAAGGAUUCUACAGCGAGCGCCUCGUCAAGAUCCAAGAGGAGUCGCGGGUGUUUCAAGGGCUGAUCGCCCGACGCAUUCCGGCAUUGGCGGAGCAUCUCAAUGACAUGUACAUGCACCCGCUCAUGUACGUGACGCAAUGGUUCAUGUGCGCGUUCACGUCUCUUCCGCUCUGGGACACCGUCCUCGCCAUCUGGGAUCUCCUCAUGUUCAAAGGGUUUGUGGUGCUGCAUCAAGUUGGACUGAGCAUCAUGCGUGUAUGUGCCAACGACCUCCUCCAAGCCGAGACGCUUGCCACCGCGCUUCCAUACCUGCAACACCUCCCGCCUCACAAGUUGUCGCAAGACUUCUUUAUGCAGGAGGUGUGGUCUGUUGACGAAGAGGAACUGCAGCAGCACUUGCAUGAGAUUCGAAAGGCCAUCCGCCUUGGCACCAGUCCAAGCAAACUCGGCCCGCACUACUGGCAACCGCAAGCGCCCGCGACGCCGUCCAUCUUUCGCCGCGUCAUCACAAUGCUCAAGACCCCAAACAGUCGCCGCCGCGCUGCUGCCGCUGCAAGAGCGCGAAACGCGAGCAUCUCAUCAAAGCUCGCCGAUGACACACCGAAGGAUGAGACGCAAGGGAGGGGGCAACACGACGCACCCGCUGUCGCACCUGACACUGAGCAACAGCAACAACAGCAGCAACAGCAGCUUGGACAGCGUGGCCUCGCUUCAGACGACGAGUCUUGCAUGCAGGCAUCUCCGAGUAUUCUCGUGGGAGAUGUUGAUGUUGGUGUUGGCGAUGAUGGCGAUCGUGAUGUUGAUGGAGAGGCGCUGUCUUCGCCGGUUCCGGCGCUGUCCAGCCGUGUCAUCACCUCUCUUAACGCGUCUCUGCUCUCUCCUCAGCCCGAGUCGCCGGCGUCAACCGCACGCAACAGCCCCUUCUCGCCCUCCUUCCAUCGCUCCGGUGUUCUCUCUCCAUCAUUUCGCGGAUCCAUUGCCGUCAGCCCGCCAACACCAGCGGAUCCACACGACGUGCCCGUUCUCUUCCAGUCGCCAGGACGCAUCCAUGGCGCCAUUGAUUUCACGUCGCCAACGGUUGCCGAAAGUCUUCGUGCUUUCACGGCCAAGACCCCACUUCGCGCAUCCCAGGUCACAACCCCUUUCACCGACACGCAGCCAACGUCGCCCGUUGAGGUGGAGCUGCAGUAUGUGACGGAUGGUGCAGGCACAGACAAGGAGGGGCAUAUGGCACGCGCAACACCGCAACACCAGCUGUUUCAAGAAACACACGCAGAAUCGCCGCCCCGCAUGUGCUUGACGCGGCUGCACACCGAUCAAGACAGCAGCGAGGCAAGCAACGCCACACCGCCACCAGCACCAGCAGCCUCCUCAUCUCCGCUCUCCCGCCAAUCGACGCCCAUCAACAAGCCACGACUGGCCGUGCACAAGAAGAUGCAGCUCAGACACCACCAACGCCAACGCCACCAAUGCCACUCGAGCCCGAAGCGCGGGUCAUUCAAGGGGAACAGGGGCACGCCCCUCUCCACCGUCACCAAUUCAUCCACAAACACGCCAACCAAGCAACACACACCCACGCCCACGCAACCAAUUCGCCAAUCUUCUUCAUCAUCAAACUGCUGA